GUGUUUUAUAAUCAGUGGAAAUAAAAAGGAUCAUAUAUAUAAAUAUGAGUCCUUAAAAGGGUUUGUUUCGCCGCCGAUCAGAUCUGCGGUGAUCUUCAAGAGGGGCACGAGAGUGGAGGAUGGCCCAGUGGAAGAAGUUCGAGUUCUUCGAGGAAAAAUCAAGCCGAUGCUCCAUCCCUUCAGACGUAGAGGGCAAUCUCCAGUGCUGCUCCAGCGGCCGCGGCCGGAUCGCCCUCGGCUGCGACGAUGGAAUGGUCCACCUCCUCGAUCGCGGAUUCAAGCCCGCGUUCAGUUUCAGAGCCCAUGCCGCUAACGUCCUCUUCAUCCAACACCUCAAGCAAAGAAAUGUUCUCUUUACAGUCGGAGAAGAUGAAACAACAUCACCACAGUUGUCAUCUAUAUGCCUCAAGGCUUUUGAUCUUGAUAAAAUGGAGCAAGAGAGUUCCAGCACUACAAGUCCAUUUUGUAUUCAGAUACUGAGGAUUUUCACUAACCAAUUCCCUGAAGCAAAGAUCACAUCAUUUUUAAUACUUGAGGAAGCACCUCCAAUCUUGUUCAUUGCUAUAGGGCUAGAUAAUGGUUCUAUCUACUGCAUCAAAGGCGACAUUGCACGUGAGCGUAUCACACGAAUCAAGCUGCAGGUGGAAACUGGACCAACUGGAUCUCAGUCUUCUGUUACAGGGCUAGCAUUUCGAGUUGAUGGUACGGCUCUUCAGCUGUUUGCAGUGACCCCGACCUCAGUGAGUCUGUUUAACUUACAAGGUCAGCCACCUAAGUGUCAGACACUAGACCAGAUUGGAUGCCAUGGCAAUAGCGUAACAAUGAGCAACCGACAGGAGCUUGUCAUUGGUCGUCCUGAGGCGGUAUAUUUCUAUGAAGUGGAUGGCCGGGGUCCUUGCUGGGCUUUUGAAGGAGAAAAGAAAUUCCUCGGCUGGUUCAGGAGUUAUCUUUUAUCAGUUAUUUCUGACCAAAGAAGUACCAAGAAUACUUUUAAUGUCUAUGAUUUGAAAAAUCAUCUUAUAGCCCAUAGCAUGACAGUUGGAGAAGUUUCACAUAUGCUUUGUGAGUGGGGCAGCAUAAUUCUUAUUAUGAGCGACAAAACUGCUCUUUGUAUAGGUGAAAAGGACAUGGGAAGUAAGUUGGACAUGCUUUUCAAGAAAAAUCUUUAUACUGUUGCCAUUAAUCUUGUCCAGAGCCAGCAUGCAGAUGCUGCAGCUACUGCAGAAGUGCUAAGAAAGUAUGGGGAUCAUUUGUAUUCACAGCAGAAGUACGAUGAGGCCAUGGCUCAGUAUAUUCAUACUAUUGGACAGCUUGAGCCCUCCUAUGUCAUACAAAAAUUUCUUGAUGCUCAACGGAUUUACAACCUCACCAAUUACUUGGAAAAAUUACAUGAGAAAGAGUUGGCCUCUAAGGACCAUACAACUCUUCUUCUAAAUUGCUAUACAAAAUUAAAAGAUGUAGCUAAGCUAGAUGAGUUCAUCAAAGGAGAAGGUGGUGCUGAAGAGCACAAAUUUGAUGUGGAGACUGCAAUAAGAGUUUGCCGUGCAGCAGGAUACCAUGAGCAUGCAAUGUAUGUUGCAAAGAAGUCCGGAAAGCAUGAGUUAUAUUUGAAGAUUUUGCUUGAAGACCUAGGCAUGUAUGACGAAGCACUGCAGUAUAUAUCUGGACUUGAUCUAAGUCAAGCUGAGGUGACAGUGAAAGAAUAUGGUAAGAUUCUUGUGCAGCAUAAGCCAGUGGAGACAAUUGAAAUACUUAUGAAGCUUUGUACUGAUGAAGGAGAACAGGAGAAAAAGAGGACCUUGAAUGGAGUUUACCCCUUCAGGCUGCCUUCCCCUAUUGAUUUUGUGAAUAUUUUUGUUCACCAACCUCAAUCUCUCAUUGAUUUUUUUGAAAAGUUUACCAGCACCGUAAAGAACUCGACUGCACAGGUGGAAAUCCACAAUACCAUGUUGGAACUCUAUCUAUCAAAUGACUUGAAUUUUCCUUCAAUCCUGCAAGAUCCAUCUUGUUCCGAUGUUAUAAACUUGGCCUCAGAUAAUUCUAACACUCUUUCAAAGGUAGGAAGCAAAGAUAAAUCAAGUGUUUCUGUUGAGGAUGAGAAUAAGAAUAAUAGCCGGAUUGGGAGGUUUGAAAAAGGACUUAGCUUGCUUAAGAGCGCAUGGCCCUCUGACCAAGAUCAGCCUUUAUAUGAUAUGGAACUUGCAGUUGUUCUAUGUGAGAUGAAUGGUUUUAAAGAAGGGCGCCUAUUUUUGUAUGAGAAGAUGAAGCUUUUUAAAGAGGUAAUAUCAUGCUAUAUGCAGGCUCAUGACCACGAAGGACUGAUCUCUUGUUGCAAGAAACUUGGAGAUUCGAGCAAGGGUGGUGAUCCAUCACUUUGGGCGGAUGUGCUGAAGUACUUUGGUGAGCUUGAUGAAGAUUGCUCCAAGGAAGUCAAAGAAGUGCUGGUAUAUAUCGAGAGAGAUGACAUACUGCCUCCAAUCAUUGUUCUUCAAACAUUAUCUCGAAACCCAUGUCUUACCCUUUCUGUUGUGAAGGAUUACAUUGCACGAAAGCUUGAAGCAGAAUCUAAACUUAUUGAGGACGAUCGCAAAACUAUUGACAAGUUUCAGGAAGAAACAUCUUCCAUGCGGAAGGAAAUACAGGACUUGAGGACAAAUGCCAGGAUUUUCCAGCUGAGCAAAUGCACUGCAUGCACAUUAACACUUGAUCUCCCUGCCGUACAUUUUCUGUGCAUGCAUUCAUUUCAUCAGCGGUGCCUUGGUGACAACGAGAAAGAAUGCCCUGUUUGUGCACCUCAGUACCGAAGCUUGCUGGACAUGAAGAGAAACUUGGAAGAAAAUGCCAAAGACCACGACAAGUUUUUCCAUCAACUGAAGAAUUCUAGUGAUGGUUUCUCUGUGGUUGCUGGGUAUUUUGGCAAGGGGGUUGUGAGUAAAACUAGCAACGGUCCUCCUGCAGAGCUCAGAAGAAGCAGCCUCGAUCCCAGUGGUAUCUGAGAGUGUUUGGAGUGUGAGCAGUUUCUUCUUCGUCUGUGGUUGUUCUGCUAAUGGGUUUUAUGACCGUCUGGGUGUUAAUGGUGUUGGAUAAGCUCUUCCAUAUAUCGUUUUUGGCUGGCGAAUAAUGGUUUAACGGAAAGUUUUGCAUUCUCUGUUGGGUUUGCGGUCAACUAGCUUGUACCAUUGUAUAGCUCACGUCUGUUUGUUUCCUUGGAUGAGAGAAAUUUUCAGUUUCUUUGUUUUC